CAGUUCGUACCUACAAGAGCCAAAAAUGCACAACCAUGUUUCCAUUCACAACAACAAAUAAAGAAUUUAUUUCGCUUCAAAUUACUAGGUAGAGCUAUUCCAUUUGACCUGAGGAGAAAUGAAGCGAUUUCAUCCAUGCUGGUUGCAAGCUUAAGGGAGUCAUUGUGCGCCCUUUAUCUUUAUGUUCGAUGAAGUCCUACUUUGAAAAGCUCUUUGAACAAUUUUUCAAUAAGGAUUCACUAACAAUUCCUGAGAGAAAGUUUUUCACAAGCUGUGUGAGAAAUUAUAUCAUGAAACACAACAAUAAAACAAGAAACGAUGUCAGAAUGAAAAUUGAUGCGAAAGUAGGCCGGGAUCCUAUUUUCCGAAUUUUAAUUUUCAAUCGAAGCAAGCAUUUUGUUGAUGCGACGAUUUUGCUCACUGAUGAUUAUAGUUACAUGAGAGAAGCAGCUAUAAUCAUCACCAGAAGCGAAAAUGGAGCGAGGACAAGUUAAAUCAAGAAUUCCAACAGGAUCAAGGAUUCCCAGAAGCUCAUGGGCCAGUCAGGAGACUGGAGUUAGGCCGGAAAAACAUCGUUCUUCAAACAAAGGUCUUGAGAAUGCAAGCGAAAUAUGGUUUUUGAACUACAAUGACCCGAACGUUGAGAGGAUUGAGGACGAAACUCCGCCGAUGCUGGUACCUAGUGAUAUCCAGCUAUCGUAUGGGGAUUUCAUUGAUUCGAAUACAGAGUGGAUCGAGGAUAUAACUCCGCCGCAGCUCGUUCCUAGUGAUAUCCAGGUAUGGUUUGGGAAUUUAAUUGAUUCGAAUGCAGAGUUGAUCGAGGAUAUAACUCCGCCGCAGCUCGUUCCCAGUGACACACAUCUGGAGGAUGACAUCGAUGAUGUGUGUGACUGGGAACCAGGAGAUAUUUCAGAGAUCAAUUAUGCAAUUUUUAAGCGGAUAAAAGCUGAGAGAGAUCUCUGCAAAAUGAAGGCGGAGAACGAAAAACUUCAGCAGGAAAAUCAGCGACUGAAGGCAAAAACAGGCGUAAGCCUAAUAAGUCGAUGCUGCUUCCGGUUCCUACUGUUCAUGGUGGGCGAGGUGGCGGAAUCGAUUUUCAGCUCAUUUUAAAUUAAUCGUAUGAACUAAAUGUGGUGGUGGAUGUUUGUGUGUGUUAUGUUUGGCUUUCUUCUUGUUGCAAGUUGUUAUUUUGUUUUGUUCUGUUUUCGUUAUACCAUUCUAUGUAGCAAAUUUUACUUCAGCUUUUGUUAUACGUUUAGUUGAUUUUUAUGCGUUUGUUUUCAUGUUCAUAUUUAUGUUUUGUUUUCAUGUUAGCAUUUUUGUUGUUAUGCUAUUUGCAUUGGGUUUUUCGAUGGGAUUUUCGUUGUUGGAUUCAAUAUAAUAUUUUUACAUCAUUUUUUCAGUUGCCUUUUAGGAUUUUGUUAUUUAUUCUAGAUCGCAAAUCGCAUAUAAUUUAUUUAUUGGACUUUUUCGUUGAAGAUUUCAUUGAUGUUCUCUUUUCUUGCAUGAAAUGAUUUGAGUUCCUGUUCAAGCAAGUUUAAGACCGGGAACAAGCGAAUACUGAGAAGCGUAGGAUCAAGCAACACUAAUGAAAUUUAAUAAUGAAGACCACACCGAGGGACGUAUGUACUUAUGAACUUGGACAAACUUGGAAGUUAUAUGAAAUAUUUUAAAAUGAAUUCUAUGCUGCUUCAAUACAUGUUGAAUAAAACAA